CGGUUCGAGCAGGACGAUGCUACAAUGAGCGGCUUCCUCGACUACUCGGUGAUGAGUGGAGACGCGGGGUCGUGUUCCGUCAGAGCUUUCCACGCGGAGCACGGGAUUACAACUUUCCAGUCCUGCGCCGUUUCAGUCAACAACGAUGAGCGCUUCAUGGCGAGCAGAACUUCACCAGAAGCGGGGUCAUAUCAGCCCACCGGCACCUCCCUGGGUCUCGCCUACGGGCCCAUCCCGGCCUCCGGCUACGGACACCAAACUUUCUGUGCGUCAUACAACCACUACGCGCAGGAGGUGGACUCGGCCGGGUUCCCACAAUGUGGGCCACUCAUGUACUCGGGGAACAUGGUGAGCCAACACCGCCAGAGCUACAGUGGCGCCCCCCUCAGCCAGCUGCAGUAUGCCCACGCAGCUUAUGACCAGACGACGCCCUUCUCCGGGUGUUCCACCCCUCUGUCACCCCUGCACCCGGCACAUCUGGAGGGAUGCUGCUCACCUCUGUCUGAGGGAGCGUCUUCAGCACAGACCUUCGACUGGAUGAAGGUCAAGAGGAACCCACCCAAGACAGGAAGAGUCGGUGAGUUCGGCUACGGCGCUCAGCCCAACACGGUCCGGACCAACUUCACCACCAAACAGCUGACCGAGCUGGAGAAGGAGUUCCACUUCAACAAGUACCUGACCAGAGCUCGGCGCGUGGAGAUCGCUGCCGCGCUGCAGCUCAACGAGACCCAGGUGAAAAUCUGGUUCCAGAACCGUCGUAUGAAGCAGAAGAAACGGGAGAAAGAAGGGAUGAUCCCGAGUAAAUCCAAAACGUCAGACGCAGCAGCCGAGAAGACAGAUGACGCCGCGUCGGAGAAGUCGAUGUCUGCACCGUCCACACCGUCUCCGUCCUCGUCCACACUGUCUGGUGACCCUUAUGCCUCCAAUUAA